GUUUCAACUGCUGAUUUACUGUACCUACAGUCCCGCGAACAUAAGCCGUCCGCUCGCGAAGCCUGCGAGCCUUUUCCCACCAUCGAACAUUUGUAUGAUUAGCUGCCGAGGGAGCUGAGCCUGGCGGACUUUGCAAUGCGACUCCUGGAGCGUGACGAUACCGGCGGGGUCCGUCUGACGGAGGACCUCCCCAACAACGAGAUUCCACCGUAUGCGAUACUUUCAUACACAUGGGGUCCCGAAGAGGUCCUCUUCAGAGACAUGACGGACGGUACAGGCAAGAACAAAGCAAGCUACGCUAAGAUUCGUUUUUGCGGAGACCAAGCCUGGCGCGAUGGAUUGAAAUUCUUCUGGGUCGACACAUGCUGCAUCGACAAGUCUGACAGCGCCGAGCUUCGACUUCGAUAAUGCAAGAUAAGUUUGCGUCUCGAAAACAAGAUCAAGUGUCCACAGGCUCGGUCAACCGGCAAAAAGGCCGUAAGCGUCAUAUUGCUAAAUCCAACUUGGGCCAUCCUGCAU